CAUAUAACGCGCGCGGCUCUGCCACCUGUGUGUAUAAUCUGAGCUCACUCGAGAAUUGAUAGCAGGUCCAGCUGGUCCCGACAGUGCGCAGCGAGAUACGAGGAAAUGGCCCCGAGCUUCCACAUCCCGCAGAUUACCCUGCCUUCUCGCGCGGGUGACGCGAUUGCGCCGGACCAGUUGGAUCUGCUGCGCCAAGCGUGCUUGGACCACGGGUUCUUCUUGCUCAACAACGAGGACGGCCAUGGCGGAUUUCAUAUCGCGCCCGAGCAGAUCGGCCGCGUGUGGUCUGCAGCCGCGGACCUGUUCGAUGCGCCGCUGGAUGCUAAGCGCGCCGUGAGCGUGGCCAGCAGCGCCAACAACCGCGGCUACUUCAGCAGCGCCGACCAUGCUGAGUACAACAAGGACCCGGCCGGUGUGCGCAUCAAGGACAACAAGGAGGGCUUCUUUUUUGGCAGCGACAACUUGAUCGCACCCGGCAACCGGGUGCCUGCCGGCAAGGCGGCGGCCGGCACCGAGAUGGAGGGAUACAUGGAGGCAGGGCGGGCGGCGUGUGUGGCGGUCAUGCGGGCCAUCGUGACUGCGGGGCUGCUGGCGGAGGCAGGCGAGACCUGCCCCGACGCUUUCCAGUCUCGCUACCUGUCGGACCCGGUAUACAUGGCCAAGUGCCUCAAGUACCCGCCCAGCAACGGCAACACUGACGCCCACACGGACUACGGCUGCAUCACGUUGCUGCUGCCCGGCGACUCGGGUCUGGAGGUGCACGUGGGCGGCGCCUGGCACGCCGUGCCCUUCGCCCCCGGCGCCUUCGUGAUCAACUUCGGAGACCUGCUGUCCGCCUGGAGCCGCGGCGCCGUGCGCUCCACCAUCCACCGCGUCAUCUACAACAGCGCCGCCGGCGCGCCGCGCUACAGCCUGCCGCUGUUCCUGCACCCCAAUCGCGGCACGAUGGUGCGUACGCCCGGCGGCGCGGCGGCGGGCGGCUCGGUGGGCGGCUUCGGGCGGCCCGUGGGCGACGGCAGCGGUGACGUGGUGGUGGACACGUACAGGUGGGCGGCGGCGGUGUGUGUGGACACGUACAGCUACGUGCUGAGCCGCUUUGACGCUACCUACAAGCACCGUGCCGCGGCUGCUGGUGCCGGCAAUGGUGUUGGCACACAUGCGAUGGGCGACAACGCCGGUGCUGGCGCGGCCAAGGUGGACGAGGGCACCGGCGCCAUCUCUACCACCUGCGCCGAAGCCGCCAAAGCUUAGGGGCUAACAUGACAACCUACGGCCAGCCGCACAGGCACCUGCCGCUGCUGGGCUGCAUUGCCCAAGUUCAACUGUGAUACUGUGGAGCGCUGUUGUCUCCAAAGCGGAAGCUGCACAAUAGAAACCGUUUGCUUGAAACAACAUGUGAAUGGGACCCAUAAGUAAUGAGCCUGAAGAGUAUGUAUCAACCGGCGCGGCAGCGCUGAGCCCUUUCCCGCACACGGUGAAGGGCCUACGCUGCCGACCACCGGCGGCAUUCUUCCUGAUUGUUUUGUACUGUGAUGCAGGUCUGCAAUGUGCUGAGAGUGGCAGUGCUUAGAUGUGUCAAAGUUGUCGUAAUUGUCACAGCGCGUGCAAGGGAUGGGUCAAAUUGCCCCCCGGCUCUGUGCAUCGUGAGAUUGAUCACCGGCGCGGGGUUGACUCACCAUUUGCGUUCGUCGCCGCCGGGCAGUAUGGGCACUCCACUGCCUGGUCUGGCGGAGCUCUGAUUGUUGGUAGCCCUGAUCACCGGCGCAAUUCAGCUGCUACAGAGCUGGAGGAUUGCGAGUGUAUGUGUACGCGUACGUGUACGUGCAACGCUAGCUACCGCUAGCUAGCACCGUGCGGCCACGAGGCUUCCUAAAGACUUUCGGUAGUGUGUGCGCUGAUAUAAUUCACGCAUGAUCAUAUUGAUCACCGGCGCGGCGAGUACUCGGGGGCCUGCUUUCCCGAGCGCAGCUGAUCACCGGCGCAAUUUUGGUUAUGUUUUCUUGUCGGGCGGUGUGGAGGCGGGAGCCGAGGGGUGGACCCUUGGGUUUGCGCUGGUGUGGAGAGCAGAGCAGAGGACAUAAACUGAGCUGUGAAGUGCUCCAGGGGCAGCACAGCUGGGGUGUUCUGCGGCGAUUGUGGUAGCUUCAUCAGGCUCGUACAAGACGGGGCCAUGGAGGCGAGCUGUCUUGCGGGCGGCCCACAGUGCGCCCGUGUGGAAGGGGCCCACAGGAGACAUGCAAAGGUGCCUGACGUACUGUGUGUAAGCUCGAACAGUG